AUGUUGUCGCAAAGAACGGGCAGAGAAAAGCAACAGCUACUCGAACAACUCAAAGUCUACGGCCGAUCAGUCGAGAACUCCGAUCCCAUAUUCACGGAAGAUGGCCUUCGGACACUAGGACGCCAUGCAUUUGACGGAGAGACCACUGUCGCAUCACAAGAGGCUCUACGGUGUAUAGCCAACGCCCUUCUCCUCCAACCCAAGACGCGCCAGAUACUCGUUGAUCUAGGCCAUGGCCCACACGCAGCGGAGAAGCUGAAGAGCGACAACAUCGACAACGAGUUCCUCGCCUCCCGCAUCCUCUUCCUCACAACCUACGACACAAGCCUCGACUACGCUUCACUCGUCCGCUCCAACGCCCUAGCCUCCAGCAUCAACGCGGCCAUAACGCGCCAUGCUUCGCGCUACUCCAAGUCCGCCCCAGCAGGUCCAAAAGGCCACAACCAACCCAUGGAACUCAUGGCCCUCGCCGAAACCCUCAAGCUCGUCUUCAACAUAAUCCACUUCCACCCCGACCUCAGCCCCCACUUCACCCCCUCCAUACCUGCCGUCUUCAAGAUCCUCGUCCGGCGCGGCGUAACCGAACCACCCCUAACAGUGCCAGCCCGCGAACUCGUCAACGUGCUCCUGCACCUCGAUCUAGAGUGCGAAGAAGGCAAAAAAGCGGUCUUCCCGUCUUUCGAACCGAGAACAAACGCAAGACACCUCAUCUGCAUCCUGUCCCGCGCCCUCAUCGCCUAUCCACCCAAAGAACUUGAUGAUGCUGUUUCCCCCGUUCUAACGCUCAUCCGCCGUAUCUACGAGUUCGCACCUGAAGAUGUAAAGAAGACGAUGGAGGAGAUGCUCCUUCCCACAACCGAAGAACGCGAUAAGCCCCUCGGGAAAUCAAACACGCUUUCCUCGCGGCUCCUCAACCUCUCCACGUCAGCAAUGACACCCGCGCUCCGCGGAUCAAUCUCCUCGCUCUUAUUUGAACUCUCAGGCAAAGACCCAGCGACAUUCGUUCAUAACGUAGGCUAUGGAUAUGCGUCCGGUUUCCUCAUGUCGAACAAUAUUAGCAUGCCUGAGGAUCUUGUGAAGGCGAAUGCGGAGGCGGGUGAUGUCGAAGGGGGUAUUCCUGUGAACCCUAUCACAGGACAGAGGCUGGAUAAGGAAGAGCAUGUGCAGAUGGAGCCUAUGAGUCAGGAGGAGAAGGAGAGGGAGGCUGAGAGGUUGUUUGUGUUGUUUGAGAGGUUGAAAGCGACGGGUGUGAUGGAUGUGCAGAAUCCGGUUGAGGAGGCGUAUCGCUCGGGGAGGAUUCAGGAGUUGCCGGAUGAUGAGGAGGAUUGA